AUUUCUUCACCAUCAACGGCUCUCUCUCUCUCUCUCUACUUCCCUUCUUCCUCGUUACUUUGCCCGAACACAGACUGUUCCCUUCUUCUCUUCUUUAGGGAUUCGAAUCGGGAGAAUGAAACACUUCAUGAUGCCAAGAAACGCCGUCUUGCGAGACGUCGGAGAGCCGCAAUCGCCGAACCCUAGCUCGUCUAAACCCAAGUCCCAAAGGAAGACCAGAUCCGCCAAAGAGAAUGCUCCGCCUCCAGAUCUGAACUCGUUGCCGCCUGAUUACAAGUCGUCUCCGGCGAAAACGAAGUGUCCGCUUCCUCCGCGUCCCCCGUCGGCUAAUCCUCUCAAACGGAAGCUCAUCGCCGAAGCUGCGUCGGAAAACGGAGUAGCUGGUGGAGUUUCCGAUUCUGGCGUGAAGGUUAUAGUGAGAGUGAAGCCUCCAAGCAAAGGUGAGGAAGAGGAGAUGAUAGUUAAGAAGAUCUCCAGCGAUGCCCUCACGAUAAGUGAGCAUACGUUCACUUUCGACUCCAUUGCUGACCCUGAGUCAACACAGGAUGAGAUCUUUCAGCUUGUUGGAGCCCCUCUUGUUGAAAACUGUCUUGCUGGAUUUAACAGUUCUGUUUUUGCUUAUGGACAGACUGGUAGUGGGAAGACGUAUACCAUGUGGGGUCCUGCUAACGGAUUGUUGGAAGAGCACUUGAGUGGUGACCAAAGAGGUUUGACUCCACGUGUCUUUGAGAUGCUCUUCGCUCGUAUCAGUGAGGAGCAAGUGAAGCACGCUGAUAGGCAGCUCAGUUACCAGUGCCGCUGUUCUUUUCUCGAGAUAUACAACGAGCAAAUAACAGAUCUUUUGGAUCCGAGCCAAAAGAAUCUCAUGAUUAGAGAAGAUGUCAAGUCCGGUGUUUAUGUUGAAUAUCUGACUGAGGGAUACGUCAAAAACUUGAAGGAUUUGUCACAGCUUCUGAUUAAGGGCUUGGCAAAUAGACGGACUGGUGCAACAAGUGUAAACGCAGAGAGUUCAAGGUCGCACUGUGUGUUUACUUGUGUUGUUGAAUCCCACUGCAAGAAUGUCGCAGAUGGUCUAAGCAGCUUCAAAACAAGUAGAAUAAAUCUUGUUGACCUGGCUGGUUCCGAAAGACAAAAAUCAACUGGUGCAGCAGGAGAACGUUUGAAGGAAGCUGGGAAUAUCAAUCGAUCACUUUCUCAACUUGGGAAUUUGAUCAACAUUCUCGCAGAAAUUUCACAAACAGGGAAGCAAAGGCAUAUACCCUACAGAGAUUCCAGGCUGACUUUUCUACUGCAAGAGUCUCUUGGUGGAAAUGCAAAAUUAGCUAUGGUUUGUGCAGUUUCUCCCUCUCAAAGUUGUAGAAGUGAAACUUUCAGUACUUUGAGAUUUGCUCAGCGUGCAAAGGCGAUACAGAACAAGGCAGUUGUCAAUGAAGUAAUGCAGGAUGAUGUAAACUUCUUGCGGGAAGUGAUUCGCCAGCUUAGGGAGGAACUGCAAAGGGUGAAGAACAAUGGAAACAACCCAACCAACCCAAAUGCAGCUUAUACCACUUCCUGGAAUGCACGUAGAAGUAUGAGUUUGUUAAGAAGCUUUGGCCUGAGUCAUCCAAAGUCAUUAGCACAGGGAGAUGAUGAUGGGGAUACUGAAAUGGAAAUAGACGAGGAGGCUGUUGAAAGACUUUGUGCCCAGAUAGGCUUGCAGUCAUCUGCAGCUGCCGAGGAGAACACUCAGGAGAUGAGCAGAGCAGAGAAAAUCGAUUCAUCCUUACAAAUUGUGGCCCUGAAGGAUGAAGAUUUCAACAACUCCCACCUUAAAUCAUCUGAUGGCCAAUCUACAGGCAAUCAAUUUCCCGAGGAUGGAGAUGUUAACAUGGAGGAUGCAAGUUGCCAAACUGAGAAGUACGAGUCAACUGUGGCAGAAACUGGCAUCACAACAAUCGUGCAAACUCUGGAUCAUGGUUCAAGAGUACAGUCUCCUUUGAUUACCAAUUCCCCUGGUUCUUGUAUUAGUGAGAUAAACCAUGAAAAUUCACCUAGCAAAGCGGAGAAUGUUCCAUCAUGCCAAGACUUGGUUCCAGGAGCUCUUGUUUCUUCGAUUGCAUCAGUAGCUGAUGCUUUAGAUGAUACAGAUCACUCCUCAGUAAAUCCUGGGUCACCUUGCCUCAGCAUAGAUCCAGUAAAUGGUUCUCCUCUACUAAUAACUCCCACUGAGAGCGUCUCUCCAAAGGUUAGAAAUAGCAGGAAAAUCUCGAGGACAUCAUCAAUGUCCACUGCAUCACAAAAGGAGAUUGAGAGAGCAAACCAAGUAACUACAGAGACUGUGGAACCUUCUUCGGCUAUGUUAAACCUACCGAGUGCUUUGUCUACAGAGAAAAGUGGAGCUUUUCCUGUGCCAACCAACCAAUUGGCGGCUAGCCUCCACAGAGGCAUGCAAAUUCUUGACUCUUAUCGCCAGAGUACUGCUCAGAGACGAUCAACAUUCGGGUUUUCUUACAAAGCUCUAGAAUCUAAACCUUCAACAGUAUUAAGUAAGGCUGAUGUAGGUGUGCAAACUUACCCCGAAGCUGUCAUACUAGCGGAAGAGAAUCCAAAAGACGUACUGUGCAGUAAAUGCAAAUGCAUAGCAGAAUGUGAUGCUCAAGAAACAAGUGACAUUUCAAAUCUUCAGUUAGUAACUGUUGACAGCUCCGAAGUUUCAGAAAAGUCUAUUUUCCAAGUUCCUAAGGCAGUACAAAAACUUCUAACAGGGUCUAUUAGAAGAGAAAUGGCUCUGGAAGAGUUCUGCACUAAGCAAGCCUCUGAAAUAUCACAGCUUAAUCGGCUGGUGCAACAGUACAAACAUGAGAGGGAGUGCAAUGCCAUCAUAGGACAAACAAGAGAGGACAAGAUUGUUCGUCUUGAAAGCCUCAUGGACGGCGUGUUAUCGAAAGAUGAUUUCCUCGAUGAAGAAUUUGCAUCUCUCAUGCAUGAGCAUAAGCUUCUGAAGGACAUGUAUGAGAACCACCCCGAAGUAUUGGAGACGAGGAUCGAGUUGAAAAGAGCGCAAGAAGAGCUCGAAAGUUUCAAGAACUUCUAUGGUGAAAUGGGAGAAAGAGGAGUAUUAAUGGAAGAGAUUCAUGAUUUAAAGGCGCAGAUACAGUGUUACACUGACACUUCUCUCACAUCAUCUCGGAAAAGAGGUUCUCUGCUUAAGCUGACACACACUUGUGACCCUAAUCAAGCUCCACAACUUAAUGCCAUUCCUGAGUCAGUUGACGAGAGUCCUGAGGAGAAAUUAGAACAGGAAAGGGUUCGUUGGACUGAAGCAGAGAGCAACUGGAUCUCUCUAGCUGAGGAGUUAAGAACUGAGCUUGAUACCAAUAGGAAGCUGAUGGAAAAGCAGAAACGGGAGCUGGAUACCGAGAAAAGAUGUGCAGAAGAGUUGACGGAAGCAAUGCAGAUGGCGAUGCAAGGACAUGCACGGAUGAUUGAGCAAUACGCAGACCUGGAAGAGAAACAUAUACAGUUGCUUGCAAGGCACAGGAGGAUCCGAGAAGGAAUAGACGAUGUCAAAAAGGCGGCAGCGAGAGCAGGAGUCAAGGGAGCAGAGUCCAGAUUCAUAAACGCACUUGCUGCAGAAAUCUCAGCUUUGAAAGUGCAAAGAGAGAAAGAGGCACAAUACUUCAGAGAUGAGAACAAGAGUCUCCAGUCACAGCUAAGAGAUACAGCUGAAGCUGUUGAAGCAGCAGGAGAGUUACUUGUUCGACUUAAGGAAGCUGAAGAAGGAUUGAAAAUUGCACAGAAACGAGCAAGGGAUGCAGAGUAUGAAGCAUCAGAAGCACAUAAACAGAUUGAUAAACUGAAGAAGAAGAAACAAGAAGUCGGAAUCAGCACUCUUAACCAACAAGGACAACACAUUGCAGAGUCACACAAUCUCAUAGAAUCUUUGCAAGCUUCUUUUAAUGGUGAUGAUGUCGCUAAAUAUGAUGAACCAGCGGAACCAUCAACUAGUGAAAGUGAUGAGCAAUGGAGAGAAGAAUUCGAGCCAUUCUAUGAGAAAGACGCAGAGUUGGCAAAGCUCGCCGAACCUUCUUGGUUCUCGGGGUAUGACCGAUGCAACAUUUAGUUUCUUUUUCCACAAAUUUUUUUUUUUUUUUUCUGUAAUGUGUGUGUAUAGGAAAAAGAAAGACAUUGUUCGGGUGUCUUAUCUGAUUCUGUGAGAUACAGAACUAAAGUUUGCAAACUCAUUGUGUUUCUUAUAUCAUAUAAACUCAUUUCACCGUUUAA